AAUUCCCACUUGCUUCAUAAGCCGACUGCUGCUCAGACAGAAAGCAGGUUUUUGUUUGUGCUGGAAUGUGCAGCUUAAUUUAGUUUACCAAGGAGCCAAAAACUGUGCAGACGGCAGGAUGUGGGUGCAAGAUGAGGACAGUGCAGCGGCAGACUCUGACGGAGAGAGUGAUUUAUCUUCCAAAGAUGGCGGAGAUAUUCAGUGUGAGAUUCUGGAAAUGCAGAGGGAUGAAGCCAAUCAGAGACUGGCUGAAUUGGAAGAAGUCUCCAGUCAGCUCUUGAAAGAGAUGAAUGUACUGGAGAUCCAGUUCCAAAUGGAGCGCUCUUGCAGGGAGAGUGCUGAGGCGCUGGCUGUCAAAGUGACCAAAGAGAACAAAGUCCUGAAGAGGACGAGCCAGAUGCUGAUGCCGCUCAUCCCCGAGCUGCCUGAAAACUUUUCUGCUUUGACCUUUGACCCAGAGACUGACCCCGCUUUUAACUGUGACGUGGUUGAUCUUGGUGAGGACAGCAAUGAGGAGACGCUGCUGCUAGAGAGUCAAGCCAAAAUCGCAGAGCUGCAGGCGUCAGUGGAUGGUCUGCUGACUGAGAAGCUGCAGCUGGAGCAACAAGUGGAGGAUCUGACCAAAGAGCAGGUCCAACUUAGAGAGCAGCUAGCUCUUGAGGUCGAGGAGAAAGAGGCCAUACUGAGGAAAAUUAGCAAACAGAGCAAGACCAUGAAUAAAAUCAAACGAGUCUCCCAGCUUGUCACAGAGGAGUUCACAGAAAUGUCUCAGAAGCUGGAGCUGGAGCAGGGCCUCCGGCAGCACGCUGAAGUCUUCGCCCACCAGAUGAUAGUGCAGCAGAAGGAGGCCCACAGACCGAGCAUGAUGGCGAUGCAGAGCGCAGAGCCCGGCCUGCUGCUGCAGCAGGCGCUGGAACAAAUCUCCACCAUCAGCACAGCCCUGUGUGAUAUACAACACUAUUACCAGGACCAGGUAAAACAGAGUCAGAGCGCUGUGGAAGAGAGCAGCGUCCUCUCUGAGCUGCAGAACCUGAGAGAACAGCUGGAGAAGAGUGAGGAGGAGAGGAAGGCCGUCGAAACUCAGCUGUGUGAGGCUAACGGCACUGUCACGCAGCUCCAGGAGGAAGUGAAAGGGUUACAAAAUACACUGAACAAGGAGGGUAAAACUGAUGAACCAGAGGAGAAAUCCACUCCUGCUCCACCUCCACCUCCACCUCCACCUCCUCCACCACCCACUGCUGUCACCAAUCCACUUGAUUUCCUGAGAAGCAGGAGAAAAGAUAGAGCCAGUAAAGCUGAUCAAAAUGAACCAGCACCCUUGUCGGGCAUGAAGGCGAAAGCAGUGGAUGAAAUGAUGGAGAGAAUAAAGAAAGGCAUCAUCUUGAGGCCCAUCAAGAGAAUACAGGAGGAUGACAGCUCAUGGAAGGACCAGAGGAGUGAAAAAAGAAAAUCAGCUAUCAUGGAGUUGAAAGGAAUGCUGGACAACAUGAAACGUCAGCCCCACCGCAGAGUGCCAUCCAGAAGGGGAAUGGGCCAAAAUGUUGGGGAAGGAGAGCUCCUGCAGGUUCUCCAGAGGAGGAGGAGAGCGAUGGGAGAGAACCAGGACCUGUCCUCCUCAACACAAACAAAGGACCCCCAGCCAGGAGAUGUUCCCUGGGCAGGUGAGAGCGGCAGCGCCCCUGUGCUCCGGAGGCUGAAACAGAACAGAGAGAAGAGAGACUCUCGCAUCAGAGCAUCAGCACUGAUCAUCAGCCAGGAAAAGUGAGAGUGGUUACAGGAAGAAACACAGUUUUUAAACACCAGUAUGGUCUAAUUGUCAUCGCUGUUUUAUAAGAUGUACUGAAGAUGAGUCACUUUUGCAUUGCUUUUGUAAUCCCUUACAAUAAAAUGUCAGUUGAUCUUGGUCUCUGUUGAAAAGUUAAAAUAAAGACUCAAACAAA